AGGUGUCUAGUAAAAGAAUGACGCAAAUGAAAAUAUCAUCAGAGACGUGAAGCGACAAUUUAACACCUCAACAAAGAAAUACAAAAUGGCCCAUUAUCUGUACCUCGGUGAGGGUGAGAAGGUACAGAAUGUGCCGCCACGUGGUCGUUCUCCGGGACCCGAGUUAAGAUCCUAUGCUUUGGUCAACGAACAGCGGCGACAUUGCUCGCCCGGGACUUUUCGUUGGGAGGGACCCGAGACCACGCGUGAACGAGUACGUCCUCUGAGAAGGCAAGCAGAAGAGCCGUGUACUCACACCAAAAUUUUUGGUAGUGUUGGACCUACGCAGCCGACGUCGACAACGACAGUUGUCCAGAGUUCCAGUACGGCUCGUGAAGACGCAACUCUGACAACCACCAUCACUGCCACUUCUACUGCGGCGAAAUCUAGUACUAUGCACCAGAACAAUAUGCCAGUAGUGAAAGUGGAAGCCCAUCCUGCUGGUGCCCAGGCAGGCAUGCGUAGUGGCGGUACCUUUCGUGGCGCAAACGAAGAAGUAAGGGAUAAACAUCGCGACAGCACUGGUGUGUGGGACUUGAUUCAUCAACAACAAUGCGAAAGAGACUUAUGAAUAGAAAUUGAUAAAUAAAGUAAAACUUGUUUUUCCGUUCUUGUGUCAGUCAUUCCUUCUGCAGUGCCAUGCAUGGCCAGAAAUCUCUCUGACUCCACAAUCAAAUCUUUCUCCCACAUCGAUUGCUAUAUCUCUUCUAAUCAUUGCAGUCGCCAUGGGCACUUCUGUUCCCAGCGUCGAACAGGGCAAACCAAGUCAUCGCAGCCCUCGAGGCGGACCUCAGAACCAAGCUGGUGCACCAAGCCAAACAAGGGUUUUGCAUGCUGCUCGUGUCCAACGUGCAGGAAAAGCGGUGUCGGACAAGAUCAAUAGGGGUAAGUGGACAGGUCGCGAAGAACGGACAGGGCGUGAAGAGACGCUUUUUGAGAAAGUGAACAAACCGAUUACCUCAAGUGACGCUAUCUUCGGAAACAAGGGAAGAGGUGGGCGCAAUAAGGGGAAUAACUUCGAUUCUAGGAAGUACUACAAAGCUAUUGAUCUUUUGGCAGUAAGUAAAAUCUUGAUGAUGUAAUAGCAGUUCGUUGUACAACUGAUGUAAGAAUGGUUCCCGGAAUACGACUGGAUCGCGUAAAACAACCUAUCAUCAUCAUUCGUCACUCAAAAAUGUCGCUACUAAGUACCCUGAACAACCCACGACGACAGUAUUUCCGCUCUUUUAUCUCCUCGUUUGGACGCUGGUGAUGUACGCACUCGACCAGCACCAGCAGAGCGAGAACGUCACGCCGCUAUCUAUGGAGGACAGAAUGUUGCUGGCUUACUUCGAUCACCGACUUCGCCACGAUCCAGUGACAGAGCUUUGCGCAUAAAGCAUCUGAAUGAAGAAGGGAAAGAAGCGGAGAAAUUCAUUAUGAAGGACAAGGAGGGUGAUGUGGAUACAAAAGAAUAAGAAGAUAAUUGCUUAAGGAUAUUUAUAAGAAGUUUUCAAGUUCUAAUAUCCAGAAGCAAAAUUCUUCUCCAGACAAAACAGGAGAACGUUUGUGGCCCAGACGCACAGAGGCAGUCAAAGAAGUCACAGUCGCACCAUCGUGGCCAGAGUACUAUGGAACGCAUCAAAUUUUGAAGGGAGCAAUGACAGGUCCAUCGUCAAGUACUGCGAAUGAUGGAGCUGGAUUGGAAAGGGUAGUAUUUUGAUUUGCAUUUUUUUAAUUUCUAAAGCAGGUGUAUUAUGCGAUCUGACCAGCACUUCAAUCUUGGCUCCUAUGAAUCUGAGUUUAGUCACUUUCCACCGAAACAACUUACUUAACACGACUACUUCAGCCCCGUUUUAUUUCCCGCAGUUUAUCGCCUGGGCGCUUGAACUCGGCCCUGGUGACUGGAAAAGUUGGGUCUGAAGUAUGGCUUGCGUCUCCGCGAGGAAACGGUGACAAGGAGGUUGAUUAUGAAAUGGGCUUGUUGUAUAACAUGAAGUCUCUAGUACUGUGAGAAUGAAGUGAAAGCAUUAUGAUUCCCAACAACUAGUACAAGAACAUCUUGUGAUCUACUUACAUUGUGAGGCAUCAAUACAUCAAGAUUCUUCGUUCUGAUCCUCUAAUCACCUGCUGUUCCCACGACCACCAGCAAAGCCACAUCUCAGAAGUCUCAACCCUGCCAGCUACGAAUGGCUCAGGCGCCUCGGUACAUGCAAAGUACUCGCAACUCUCGGCUGAAGCAUUCGAUUGCCAACGCGUCGGUCAUUUUGGAGGACGAGCCUCAGAAGGCGCCUCAUCGAUCCGCCAACUUUCAGAAGGCGUUUUACGGUACGAGAGUCAUGGACUCAGCCAAAGGAACGUUUGAUAUGCCUUGGGGAGUGGAUGAUGCGGAACCCGGGACAAACGCUAAAACCUCCUCACAACGUCCCCAAGGCCACUCCAAUCCGGUAGUACAUCGCCGAGUGAAGCACAGUACUGUGGUUAAGACUUGAGGAAAUUUUAUACAACAAAAAGGAUUGACUUAUACAGAAGACACAAAGAGAAGUGCUGAAAGAAGGGGAAAAAAUAGAAAAAAGGAAGUGCAACAAUUAAGUCCUGCGAGUGACCUCUUGCUAGGUAAAUGAAUGAAUGAAUACUUGCGGUAAAGGAAGCACUUUCUUUUACACAUACGUCAGAUGCCAUCUUCGUCCCGUUUCUAAAGGGAAACGGGUACUACGGAUGUGCUCGCCAGAAUGGAUUUCCGCAAGCUCUAAUGUGGGAGGCAUUGGAACGCAUACUGAUGAGGUGUUGCACGGCCACGGGUCGGCGCGUCAUCGUAGGGAAUCUGAGUGGAACCGUUUCGAUCAUGAACAGCCUGGACGCCAUAGACAUAGUCGAGCCUCGUUUACCUAUGGCCUUUUGCUUACUACACAUUGAUUACAGUAUUGCUAUUGCACAUUCAUCUUUUAGCUUAGAUAGUGCAGUUGUCUACUUGAGCAUCCUUGAAUUCAAGAAACUCCGAAUUAUGCAACGAUGUAUGUGCUUACAUCAAUUUAACGCUGUCUUAGUACAACUGCCUCUCUUAGUACUGCCUCUAACCAAAACAAGGCAACUACGACAACCUCUCUCCCGAAGAACGCAACUACGCACCUCCACUCGACGACCUAGAAGUUGCUCAGGGUGUCCGCUGUUUCUUUCCUCAGAAGGAUGAGGAAAAGGCUACUGCCACGUUCGGGAACCUGAAUCAUCAAUCUCCACGUCCAGCGUCGUUCAUGACAGGUACACGACCAAUGUAUCGGCCACCGGUGCAUCGUGAAGUCCCCCAUGCAGGUCUGACUAUGGAUAGUCGGGGUGUGGCGUCAAUCAUCCAUCACCCAAUCGACAGUCACAGGCAUGACGAGGAGGUUGUGACCCGUUAUGGUUUUUGAAUUUUAAAAUUCUAAUAUAUGUUGAAAGGCCAAUUCUCAAGGUCCGUUUCAGAAAACAACCGGUUCGUUUUUACCUCUAGCGUGUAGCCCUUCCAACAAAAUCUAUAUGAUGAAAGGCCAACUUUCAAGGUCAACUAAGUAAAGAAAGAGCAGUUUGUUUCGUGAAUACGAAGUCUUAGGAGCAGUGGAAGAAGACAUUACUUCCACAGAAGGUUUGCAGAUAAGAUGCGUUGCACCCGCUAAUACGAAGAACCCAACGUUGAACGAGAGCAAUAUUUUGCUGGACGCUACGCGACAGAUCAAGACGCAGCACGUCAGGCCUUGUUCCCCAAGGUGUCUCCACCUCCUUCUUCUAGCAGGGCGUCUCCGAUUAAGAUGCGAACGAGGACGUCACAACUACAAGUGGGCACGAUGCUGCCGAAGACACCGAUGCUUUUAUGAAGAUGUUAGGUGUAGUUGUUUGGAGGAAGAGUAGUUCGUUCUGGUUAUUUCUACGUUACGUGUUGCAAGGAUAGUACUACUAACUAAAGAUUUUUGUUAAAUAUAAUCUUUGCAUGUGAAGAUCCUUUACAACAGCUCUACUAAUCUUUUUGUCGGAGACAGACAGGAAACUGAUUUCCUUGCCGCCUCAAGGUCAACCACAGAACAGUGGUUCAGCAGCUCCUUCGUUCGUUCCUUCGUCCGGAUCAGCGAACAGACAGGUCCAUUUUGGUUCUAUGCCUGAGCGGCUUGGUUCUGUUGUGGAUUUUUCUCCGCGCCUGGAGGCUGCAAGAUUUUCUUCCCCUGACGGAAGCAGACGUCCAGCAACUACUAUUAACUUGAAUCUUCCUCCAGCAGGUGCCGCGGUAGAAUACAACACAAGAGAUAGUUGCAAACGUCUAUCGAGCUACAAAAACCCGUUUUUUUCGACCUUUCAUGUAGCUCUUGGUGAAAAUAAACAUACCCAACUACAGCAAGUUGCGUUGAACAAUCCAUCUUCAACAUCUGCCGCACAAAAUGCAAUCCAAAACAAGAACUUGAUCAUAGCCAAUUACAAGGCGAGUAAUGAGGAGCUGGCGAAGUUCCAAGAACAGAUGGCCAGAGCGGGUCGUGCAACGUUGGAGGAGAACAUGCGAAAGGGACGUUUUUUAUCCUACACUCGCGACGCAGAUCAAUGCCCAGAUCCGAAACCGAUGAAACAGAGUGCUGUAGUUCUUGGGGAUAGAUUUAUGGAAGGGUUGUUUGAAUAUUGUGCAUUAGCUAGAGGUAACGUUACCUAGGAGUAGGACCGUAAUGUUUAUGUUACUUAGGACCACCUAGCCGCGAAAGGUAAUUGAUCACUUCCUUACACAAAUUACAUGUAUUCCUACGGCGCUCAAAGCACUAAAUAAAGCAACCGGUUCGCUUUUACCUCUAGCGUGUAGCCCUUCCAACAAUGCAUGCAUUCCUACUUUUUCUUUGCGAACCUCUAAUACCCCCUACAACGCGAGUCACAAGACAACCACCUGCCAUCAUCUCUACCAAACCAGCGCGUUGCAUCCCAAGGAAAUCACGAAGCCGGAUAUGAAAUACUCUCUGGAGCGCCGCGUUAAUGUGGGAAUUUUGGGGUCGCCUGGGAGAGCGGAGUAAGCAGCAGAUUGUUCUAAUUAUUUAGAUGUUGAACAUGAAAAUUCUGUAUAUUUUGACACCUCGCAGCAUCGAGGCAGAUAGGCUUUAGCUUCCGCGCACUGCAGUGGUUGUAUCGAAAUUUACUAGCUUUCAUAAACGGGCCGCAAUUGUUUGUUUCUCCAAGAGUCAGCCAUUUUCCAAACUCGUACCAUGUUAAGAAGAUAGAUCAUAGCAAACAACCAUUCAAUACUAGAAAAGUAGCUCCGAAGAUUGUUGUAUCCACGUUUUGUAAGAAAUUCUGUAUAGAAAUCAUUUGGAUUGAACCAUUGAAAAAGGAAUCAACAUAGAUGUACGUGCAAAAAACAGAGGUCAGAUCUCGAUAAUGUAUACUCAAGUUUUCGAUGUCGUUAUGGGAAGGGGAAUGAAGUAAUAAAGAAAAGCAAGUUUAUUAUACAUAGAUCAUUCUUGUACAAAUCUCUGGUUUGUGUUAUUUGAGGAUACAACCAAAGUCCGUAGUAGUCGUGGGCCAUUCUCGCACAUUUUACAUGAUGGUAUUGUCGUGAAGUGAUCUUGAAAUCGUGGUGAGCUGUGAAAACCGAUCACUAUUCCCGCUAAUGAUGGAAUGUGGUUAUUUCCAAUGUCUUCGAUAUUCUGCUGAUGCUGUGCG